CAGCUGAACGGGGUUUUUCCUCGCAGUCCUCGUGUCCUGAGCUGUCUCCUCCCCCUUCCGAACCACCUCCCGUGUCCCGAUGCCGCCCAAAUCGAAGGCGGCGGCCGCCGCCGCCGAGCCGGUUGCCGUGGAGGACCUGUUCACGGCGCUCCACCGCCACAUCGAGGCCGGCGAGUUCCCCCAGGCCGUCAAGGUCGCCGACCAAGUUCUCGCGGCUGCGCCGGGAGACGAGGAUGCAUUGCGAUGCAAGGUGGUCGCGCACAUCAAGUCCGACGCUAUGGACAAGGCGCUCGCCGCGAUCCGCGCCGCCGAGCGCCUCCCCAUCGACCUCAGCUUCUACAAGGCAUACUGCUACUACAGACAAAAUAAAUUGCAAGAAGCUCUGGAGAUAUUGAAGGGCCAGGAAGAAACCGCUGCUGUUCUCCAGCUAGAAUCCCAGAUUUGCUAUCGACUAGGAAGAAUGAAUGAUUGCUUGAAUAGCUACGAGAAGCUUCAGAAAUAUAAGAUCGAGUCAAUGGAUUUAAAGAUAAAUAUCAUUGCUGCUCUGGUUGCUGCGGGGAGGGCUUCUGAAGUACAGUCUACCAUGAAGGCGCAAAAGACAGAUCUUACCACCAGAGCACUCAGAGAUGCUCGGAGCUUUGAGCUUGCAUAUAAUUCUGCUUGCACCUUGAUAGAAAUUAAGAAGUAUUCAGAAGCUAAAGAGCAGCUGGACUUGGCGAAAAGAAUCGGGAAAGAGGAGCUCAUGGUGGAAGAUUAUGCAGAAGAUGAGAUAGAAUACGAACUAGCUCCUGUGUCUGCUCAGCUUGCUUAUGUACAGCAGCUACAAGGACAGACUCAAGAAGCUAUGGAAACGUAUGCUAACAUGACAAACAAGAAAUCAGGAGAUCCCUCAUCACUUGCUGUGGCAACAACCAACCUUAUUUCAUUAAAAGGUACAAAGGAUGUUGCCGAUGGCUUGAGGAAGCUUGACCGGCUUGUUGAGAAAUCUACAGCUCCAAACCAGCCACAACUUAUUGAAAGCCUUGAAUUCAAGUUAUCUCUAAGACAGAAAGAAGCGCUGUAUUCUGCUCGCGUUCUUUUGCUCCUCCAUGCAAAUAAAAUUGAUCAGGCGCAUGAGUUGGUCAGUGGACUGCUUGGUAUGUUUCGAGACAGUAUUUUCCCUGUUUUACUUCAAGCUGCAGUUCAUGUGAGAGAAAAGAAGGUCCAGAAAGCUGAAGAAGUUCUUAGCCGCUAUGCUGAAAAGCAUCCUGAGAAUUCUAAAGGAGCCCUCCUGGCACUUGCCCAGAUUGCUGCCAAUACCAACCAUUUUCAGAUUGCUGCCGACUCAUUGUCUAAGAUACCUGAUAUCCAGCACAUGCCUGCUACGGUUGCUACACUAGUAGCCCUAAAAGAGCGCCUAAAUGACCCUAAUGGAGCCUCUUCUGUACUUGAUUCUGCUAUCAAGUGGUGGAAGAACGCCAUGACUGAGGAUAACAAGUUAGGUGUGUUCAUGCGGGAGGCUGCUACAUUUAAGCUCAAUCAUGGGCGUGAUGAAGAGGCCUGUCAACUGUAUGAGGAACUUGUAAAAAGUUCCGGAAGCACUGAAGCGUUGGCUGGGUUGGUGGCAACUUCAGCACGCACAGACCUUGAGAAAGCUGAGCAAUAUGAGAAGAAGCUGAAACCAUUGCCCGGUCUUAAGGGAAUUAAUGCAGAGAGCCUGGAGAAGACAUCUGGUGCAAGACAUGUAGACCAAGCCAUGAAGGUGGAAGUUCCCGAGGAAGUGAAGAAGCAAAAGGCAAAGAAGAGGAAGAGGAAGCCUAAGUAUCCGAAAAGCUUUGAUCCAGCGAACCCAGGGCCACCGCCAGAUCCUGAGAGAUGGCUGCCCAAGAGGGAGAGGUCGAGUUACCGCCCUAAGAGGAAGGAUAAGAGGGCUCAGGUCAGAGGUGCUCAGGGUGCCGUGACUAGAGAGAAGCAUGAUCCAUCUGCUGCCAAUGCCGGUGGUGCCUCCUCGAAAGCAAGCCAUGCCACCACCUCGGCGAAAGCUCCAGAACAACCGAAGGCCUCCAGCAAGUCACGGAAGAAAAAGUCGAGGUCUUAGAUGACAAAUUUGUUACAUCACAAAUUGACAAUACAAAGGUCACUGUUCAUUUAGUAUCUUGACUUGCAAUUUUUGUGUUAUUUGCAUUCAGUUGCCCUCCGCCCUCGCCUUCAGAAUCAUAUUCAUGGAGACUCAAAGUGUCUAGACUGGCAAAUUUUGUUAAACCGUGGCAGUGAUAGUAUGGCAUAUCUGGUUGAACUUCAGUUUAUUACAUGUUCAUAGCUUAGUUAUUUA